AUGCAGUGCAAAUGCUGGCGGUUCAUCUUCAUUGCUUUGAAUUUUCUUGUCUUUUUGGCCGGUUUACUUGUUUCUGUUGCUUCAAUUUGGCUUCUUGUUUCUCCUGAUGGCCUAAGUGACUUUGUUGAUACACUUUCAAAUGAGACGUCAGAGGGAGUUCAAGAAGGACUUGAUGAUAUCAUAACAAGAAUGAAAGGCGCGACGUAUAUUUUCCUUGCGCUUGGAAUUCUACUUGCUGCGAUCUCUUUUCUUGGAUUCAUUGGAUCAAUUAAAAGAAACAGAUGCAUGCUCAAUUGUUUUUCUAUUAUCAUGUUCUUAAUUUGCGCUGUUGAAAUUGUCGUCAUGGUUGUAAUGACUGUUUUCUUCCCGAAAUUUGAAGAAUUGAUGAUUGAAAGGUUCAAUAAUUAUACGCCGGAAACAGAAGAGGGGCUUGUCGUUGACCAGAUGCAACAGCUUUUCCAGUGCUGUGGUUGGAAUAACGACUCAGACUUUGGAGCCAACGGUCCGCCGCUUUCUUGUCUCAACCCUGCUCUCGAUCCUCCAGUGAAUUUUGAAAAUGGAUGCAAGGAAUACAUAUUAGACGGAACAGCUAUUAUUUGGGGAGUCGUAGUAGCACUUGUUAUAAUUGAAGUGAUUUCGAUUACCUCAGCCUGUGUUUUCAAGAACCAAAAUAAACAGCUUGCAUAG